AUGGGUCUGGAAGUAGAAGAAGUCAUCGAAUCAAUAAAACAAGGAAAACAUGUCUCAGAAGCAACUGUAUAUUCCCUAUGUUUAAAAUCACAGGAAUUAUUAAUUAAUGAAGCCAAUGUGACACGAGUAGAUACACCAGUGACCAUAUGUGGUGAUAUUCAUGGACAAUUGCAUGAUCUUUUGACACUUUUCGACAAGAGCGGCGGUGUCGAGAAGACUAGAUAUAUAUUCCUUGGAGAUUUCGUCGAUAGAGGGUUUUAUUCGUUAGAAUCAUUUCUUUUAUUAUUAUGUUAUAAAUUAAGAUAUCCUGAUCGAAUAACUUUGAUUAGAGGAAACCAUGAAACAAGACAAAUUACAAAAGUUUAUGGGUUUUAUGAUGAAAUUAUGAGGAAAUAUGGGAAUUGUAAUGUUUGGAGAUAUUGUUGUGAAGUUUUUGACUAUCUAUCACUGGGUGCCAUUAUUAAUGAUAGCAUAUUCUGUGUACAUGGUGGAUUAUCCCCCGAGAUUAAUACAAUAGAUGAGAUACGAUCCAUAGAUAGAAAGCAAGAAGCUCCACAUGAAGGUGCUAUGUGUGAUCUCCUGUGGUCAGAUCCAGAUGAUGUAGAUACUUGGUCUUUAUCACCAAGAGGUGCUGGGUUCCUCUUUGGUAAAGGAGAAGUAGAUAAAUUCCUAAUGAAAAACAAUGUGGAAUUAAUAGCAAGAGCUCAUCAAUUAGUAAUGGAAGGUUAUAAAGAAAUGUUUGAUGGUGGUUUAGUCACAGUAUGGUCAGCUCCAAAUUAUUGUUAUAGAUGCGGUAAUGUAGCAGCAGUUCUCCGAAUUGAAGAUGACUUGGAAAGAAACUAUACGAUUUUUGAAGCCGUACAGCCUCAAGACGGUGUCGGUAAUACAAUUAUACCCACUAAGAAACCUCAAAUGGAUUAUUUCUUAUAA